ACCUCCCCUGAGCCUCACCACAUCGAACCGAGAGAAAGGACUGUCCUGUUUUAGUUAUAGUGAGAAGAAUCAGGAGAUGUCUUCAACUGAGUCUUCAGCACAAAAAGCUAUUAGGGAUAACCUAGGAAUAUUAAAUAGGGUCCUUAAUAAUGAAGCUGUGUUUGGUGAAGUGGCACAGAAAUGUGUUGAAAGGAGACUAAUAACAACACUUGAAUUAGCUCAAUUGAAUGACAGAUUAUCAGGUCAGACACUACGGGAAAGAGUAGAAGCAUUUGUUCUGAGAUUGGCUGAGCUUCUUGGUGAUCUACCAGAAAAGAUUGACGAAUUCUUGUCUAUCAUUAAAGAGAUCGACACUCUCAUUGCUGAGAAAGCAGCCAAUAAUAUUUCUCAAAGCUAUGCUAAUUAUAAACAGGCUGCAAAGACUAAUGAUGCUGAUAAUGGCCAAUCUACACGAACUAAAGUUGCCCCAUCUACUCCUGGCAUAGCUACCAAAUCUAGCGGUCAUCAAGAUCAUGAAUCAGAGGAACCUGUAACCAGUGAUUGGCCAUGGUCAAAAAAGAAAAAACCUGAUGAGGAUAUUGUGUACCACUACACAACCAACCCAGGAAGGAAUCGUGGCAUUGUAUUGAUUAUUAACAAUGUUAAAUUUCUAGAUAAAAGUAAGGAUCGAGAUUCGUCAGAAGAAGAUGAAGAAAAGCUUAAAGAAGCAUUUGACAAAUAUCGAUAUGAAGUUAUUACCAUGAAAAACCUGGAAGCUGAUGCAAUCAAGGAUGCUGUAAAAAAAGUAGUUCAAAAAGAUGUCAUUGGUGACCACGAUAGCUUCAUUUGCUGUAUCCUGUCUCACGGUAAUCCAGCAGGGAUUGAAGGAGUUGAUCUUGAUGGUAAAACAGUUACUGUCACCGAACUGGCAAAUAUAGUUAAUUGUGACAAGCUUCAUAGGAAACCAAAAAUAUUUGUCUUUCAAGCAUGUCGAGGGGCUGGAAUACCAGAGCCAAUGGUGUCUGAUUUAGCAAUUCCUCCCAGUAUCAGAGAAGAAGAGGAGGUAAUGGUUCCUGAUGGUCACUCUAUUGCAUUACCUCCAGAAGCUGAUUUCCUAUUUGCUUUCAGUACAGUGGAGAAUAAUAGAGCCUUGAGAGGCAAGUAUACUGGCUCUCACUACAUUACAGCCCUGUCCAAUGCCAUUAUAAACCAUGGAUCAAAGCUUAGCAUUGAAAGGAUACUGCUGGUUGUUAAUCAUAAAGUGGCAGGUGAGUCCAAGAGAGUUGAAAUAGAAAAGGAUGGGAAAACAGAAACGUGCAUAUAUCACCAGAUGCCUGAAAUAAGGAGCACUCUGAGAGGCUGCUUCUACUUCUAAAACAUAAUUAUUAAUUUUUGCUGCAAUGUUUUAAAAAACUUUUUUUGAUAGAAUAAUCUUAAGUGAUGUAUCUGUUAAUGGCA